AUGAAGACUUUUGUUAGUGUUUGUGUCCUUUUGUGCUUAGGUAAGUUUGAUUUCUCGGUCCUGUAUACAAAAAAUUAACGUUUAGUACUUGAGCUUACGAUUAGGAAGGAUGGAUUUAGAUGAAAAGCUAAAAUGCUUGUAAUACAAAUCUGUUGGCGUUAAACAGAGGCUGGAUCACCUUACAAAAAACUAUCUUUAUGUAGAGGGUAGGUGUUGUUUCACCUUAACUUUGUGUUUAUCUAUGAUAGAAUGAACAUUUCCUUACCAAAUGACAAACAUUCAUCCUGGAUAACGCCGCAGAGAAAUGCCAAAAUUCAUUCUGACCGCAGAAAAAAUAUCACUUUAAUAAGGGAUCACUCCCCUUUCGAUGGAUUAGUUCAACAGUUUAAUGAUCAUUUUCAAAACUUCGCGAGGGAUCGAUGCUUUUGUGUUUACACUGUGUUCACCCUGUUCGUAAUGUUUUAGGCAAAGAGAUUCUAGAAUGUAACACUACACCCAAUAAAUUUGAAGUUUCAGACAACAUAACCAUCUGUUCAUAUCGCAGGUAUGUGGGAGGGAGGGAAGGAGGGCAAAAGUAGACCCACUGGAGUAAGACUUUACCCAGUCUGUUCACGCUUUUUUUUUCCUUUGAGAAGGAUUAUUUUUCAAAAUUAAGUUAUACCUUGCAGUUCCAGAAUUCCAUGCAGCCCCAAAGCUGACCUGUAUACGAUCUCUAAAGUGCCCCGUUAUGCAUCAGGGAUGUUACGUGGUCGACGGGCUCUGCCGCUGUGAUCAGGCGUUGUGUUGUAACAAUCCCUUUAAUUACUCAACACUGGAAAGCUGUUUGGCAGAUAAUGCGCUUCAGUUAGGUUGGUAACAAGAUUGGUUACUUUACUUCCGGUAACAGACCAGCGAAAAACCCCUUAGAUAUUUCCAAAACUAAACACGAACCGAGGUUAGGGGUAAGUGCCAUCCAAGACUGACACAACAAAGUGUUCCAUGGGAAGGAAUGCGUCAAAUGAUUACGUGUUCCAUGAGAAGGAAUGCGUCAAAUGAUUAAUUGCUCCAUAGGAAGGAUUGCGUCGAAUGCUCCCAAGCAAUGUAACGAUAACAACAAAUUUUUAAAUUCUUAUUAUUCAGAGGAUCCAUGUAAAGAUGAUCCAUGUAAGAACAAUGGGUAUUGUGUCCAACUGAUGGGUCAGUCUUCCUACCGCUGUGAUUGCUAUGGUACAGGAUAUUUUGGACCUCACUGCCAUAAAAGUAAGUAACAUUAUCACCUCCUCUUGACUGGUGCUAAACGCCUGAAAAUUUGGCUUGGGUCAGCUGAGAAUUCUGCUGAUAAUUUUUUCAUUUUUCUCAUUAUUAGAAUGCCCAAAAGAUGCAAGAAAGGAAAUAUACAGUUUAAAAGGACAAACGGAAGAGCACGCUCGUAGUAGGAAGCGUUACCUUAUGGCGUGCCUUUAA